GAGGAAGAAAUUGAAUACACAGAGGAGAUCUUACAGAAAGUUAGAGAAUUUGAGAUUCUUCUCGAAGAGUUCGAUCAGAAGGCGCUUAGAGCAUAUAAUGCAUAUAUGGAUCUCAACUCUAUAUUAUCACCGGAUAUGGAGAUUGUUAUAGAUCUUCCCAAACAUAUCGAUAGGCAUGCCAUUCAUCGGUUGACGGGGCUCCCUUAUGCUAAGCAACAACGGACCUAG